AUGGGCCGUCGGCGGUCCCAGCAUUACCUGCGGCGUACAGACAACAUGCGGGCGCGCACCCAAAUACGACAACUCUCUCCCAACUCUUUGAUGAGUAAUCCUUGGGGCAGUCGUGGUACCCUCUCACUCCUUCCACCAGUCCCUGCCCUCCCCCAAUCCGCCCUACCUACACCGAUCAACUCCCUCCUCUCCGCACUAGUCAUUUCCGUCACUAAAAUUUGA